AGGGGGAGAAAGAUCCCCCGUUGGGACAAAAGUUAAAAAGCUAAUAGCAUAAAAGCUCUCAAAGCUUUCUCAAAAAGAAAAGCUACCCCCCCCCGCCCUCACCUCUGCAAGCAGAAAGAGAGAGCUUUCCCUCUCAGCGUCAUCUCCUUCUCUCCCUCCCUCCUUCCUCUCUCCUUCACAACCCAUUUCACCAUCUUUUCCUCUCGCUCAAAAAGCUGAACUGCAUGCCCACUAUUCCCAGCUUCAGCCACAGAGACCUUGUACUGUGUUUUUUUAUGUUUGUGUUUUUGUGCAUGAGUGUGUGUGUGAGAGAGAGAGAGACAGCAAUAAAGACUGUCUCUGUGGUGUGUGUGGGGAUUUGAUUUGAUUAGAUUCUCUCCUUUCUUUCCAUCUCUCUCUCUUUCUCUUCUCUGCUCUUCUUACUUAUAAUCAAACAAGUUGAAACAAAAGGGAUCAAAAUCGAUGCUCGACAGCCCCACCGGCCCUCCUCCCCCACCCCCACCUACAUCUUCUUCCUCGGACAUCGGUUUCGUUCCCUCCUCGGCCUCGGAUGACCCGAAUGGACCCCCCGUCAAGCGAAAACGCCGCCCCGCAGGCACCCCAGAUCCCGACGCGGAGGUGGUUUCGCUCUCGCCGAAGACGCUGCUCGAGUCGGACCGGUAUGUGUGCGAGAUUUGCAACCAAGGGUUCCAGAGGGACCAGAACCUGCAGAUGCACCGGAGGCGGCACAAGGUGCCCUGGAAGCUCCUCAAGCGGGACGGUCAGGACCCGGCAUCGGCGGGUGGCGCCAACAAGGUCAAGCGGGUGUACGUGUGCCCCGAGCCCAGCUGCCUCCACCACGACCCGUGCCACGCGCUAGGGGACCUCGUCGGGAUCAAGAAGCACUUCCGCCGGAAGCACAGCAACCACAAGCAGUGGGUCUGCGAGCGGUGCUCCAAGGGCUACGCUGUCCAGUCCGACUACAAGGCCCACCUCAAGACCUGCGGGACUCGCGGCCACUCCUGCGACUGUGGCCGGGUUUUCUCGAGAGUGGAGAGCUUCAUCGAACACCAGGACGCUUGCACGGUACGCCGAGCCAUCUUGCCCGAGCCACCAAACUCAUCCCGAACAGCAUCGAGCAUGAGCCCUUUGAACGAACCCAACUUGUCCUCAUCCCUACUGAUACCAACAAGCCCCCCAGCUACACCAGCAAUGCCCUACAAACCCCAGGAAACCAACUCUUCUGACUAUGAUCAUCUCCAUAAUCUCGAGCUUCAGCUCCAGCCAACAUCGUUGGUUCCCCAUAAGGACUUCUCGACCGAUCUGAACCUCUCUGUCGGGCUGAGCCACACUAGCUCCGAGAUAGAGGAAAGUGACAGGGCGAUGAGACUGCGGGAGUUUGCAGGGGAGCAGCUGAGGUUGGCGGCAGCAGAGAAGGCCUUUGCCGAAGAGGCCAGGAAGCAGGCGAGGAGGCAGGUCGAGCUGGCCGAGCAAGAGUUUGCAAAUGCACAGAGGAUAAGGAUGCAGGCGCAGAGCGAGUUUGAGCGUGCCCACGCCUUGAAGGAGGAGGCCCUGAGGAAGAUAGCAUCCGCCAUCACACAGGUUACUUGCGCUGCGUGCAGGCGCCAGUUCCAGGCUGUGGGGGGCCCGCAGCUAUGCGAGGAGACGUCAACCCAGUCUCUCCUGUCCUCGGCCACCACCACAACAGAGGGCGAAGAGGAGUGAUUGUUCUCUGUAGUCGUUGAUAGAAAAAGUGAUAUGACAUGAUGUAACUGCAGUCUGCAUAGUUAGUCGAUUUAUCGAUAGUCCUUUAGAGGGAUUGACCUGUUAUUUUCAGAUUGGGUCGUCUCGUGACAUCAGGUCCGAACGACCUGAUACAGUCCGAGAAUCCUUUAGUCCAAUUGUCAAGCGGCCGAAAGGUGUUAAUUGUGUUCGUAUGUUGUUAAUGUGGCAGUUGCA